AUGUUAUCAUCGUGGCUGAUUCUUCUCGCUGCUGCUUGCCACCGUUUUGGUCCAACUCAGUAUGAGGACAUUGAAGGUAACCUAUCCAAAUUAUCGCAAACAGGCUUUUUGGCAGAUUUUCAAGCCCAAUUUGAAGAUUUGAUGAACAAGGUUAAUGGUAUCUCUGAAUCAUUACUUAUCCGUUUUUUCAUUACGGGACUAAAAAAGCAUUUGAGACGGGAAUUACAAUUUCACCGACCUGUUACUUUGAUGGAAGCCUUUUCCAUGGCCAGAGCAUAUGAGGCUCGUUUUGAUGACACAUCCGCCGUGGGCAAACCUUGGUCUCGUGGUCCACAACAUUCACCCGGACCACAUAACCAACCCAAUUCUCUUACCAACCCGACCCAAUCUAACAACAAUCAAACAAACCGACCCGACCCAACCCAAAUCUUCAUAACCCAUCCAACAAUACUGCAUCAUCAUUACCAUCACUCUUACCCACACCACACUCAAACCUUCCAGUUCGUAACAUGUCAUCCGCCGAACUCUGAGACCGUCGUUCAAAAGGCCUUUAAUUCAAAUGUGAUGAGAAAUGGAACCCGUCUCACCGGUGCCGGAACCAUGUGCUUCUUCUCAUGGGAGAGUAUGAAGAUGUCCCUCGACCAGAAGCAGAGGAUACCUCAACAAAUGAUGUCUCUGGUGACAUAUCCAGUCUUCACUCCCUGUCCAGCCAACUCCAAAGUCGAUCCCUCUGUGUUUAAGGGCUUUAUAACCAACAAAAUUUCACCAUCAUCAUUGGCAGCGGGAGCACUCACAACUUCGUCAAGCCUACAUUGGUGGAACGAUUAG